ACCCUAUGCCCCGCCCACUCUUCAGCUCAGUCACGCCACGUGAUAGAAGCAUCACCGAAGGUCCUUCACUCCACGUGAGGCUCAGUAGUCUGGUCACAUGAUCGUGAUGUCAUCGCAGGUCCUACAGCACACAAGGAUUUGGCAGCUUGUGUAGUAAUCCACGUGCAGUAAUCCGUGUAAGAAGAUCUCAUGGCAUCCCUGAAGGAGGAGAAUAUAUUACAGGCUAGUAGUGUGGGAGAAACCAGGAAGGCUUCAAGUCUUCAAGAGGAUUCUGAGAUCGUAGAGGAAAAUGGACAUGAUGCCAAGAGGUUUAAGCCUGACGAUGAAGAGCAGGCAAAGAAGUAUCCCAAGAAAAAAGUGGUCCUGCUUCUGGCAUAUUCUGGGAAAGGAUACCAUGGCAUGCAGCGAAACGUAGGUUCUUCACAGUACAAAACCAUUGAAGAUGAACUUGUGCAAGCACUCCUUCUAUCUGACUGUAUUCCUGAGAAUCAUGCCGAACACAUGAAGAAAAUGUCCUUUCAGCGGUGUGCACGCACAGACAAGGGAGUUUCUGCUGCAGGACAAGUUGUAUCAUUGAAGAUUAGGCUGAUCGAUGACACAGUAGAGAAAAUAAAUGGUCACCUCCCUUCACACAUCAGAGUGCUGGGUUUAAAGAGAGUGACAGGACGCUUUAACUCCAAAAACUCUUGUGAUGCUCGGACUUAUUCCUACACACUGCCUACUUUUGCAUUUGCAAAUAAGGACCAUGAAACACAGGAUGAAAGUUUCCGACUUAGUCAGGAAACAUUGAACAGAGUGAAUGAACUGCUUUCCCUAUACAAGGGAACUCACAAUUUUCAUAAUUUCACCUCGCAAAAAGGGCCCAAGGACCCCAGUGCAAAGCGAUACAUCAUGGAGAUGCACUGCGAGCCUCCAUUUGAACAAGGAGGGUUGGAGCUGGCUGUAAUUAAAGUAAAAGGCCAAAGCUUCAUGAUGCAUCAGAUACGGAAGAUGAUUGGGUUGGUUAUUGCAGUGGUGAAAGGAUAUGCAGCUCCUUCCAUUAUGGAGCGCAGCUGGGGAGAAGAUAAAGUUGACAUUCCCAAAGCUCCUGGCCUGGGGCUGGUUUUGGAGACUGUUCACUUCGAGAAAUACAACCGUCGUUUUGGCAAUGAUGGCUUCCAUGAGUCUUUAGACUGGACAGAAAAAGAAGGGAACAUUGAGGCCUUUAAAAAGGAGCACAUCUAUCCCACUAUCAUCCAAACAGAAAUUGAAGAAAAGUCAAUGGCAAGCUGGCUUGCAACUUUAUCUAUACAUGACUAUGAAGCUUCUUCACAGCAACCAAAUGACCAUAAGGUGGGGGACGCUGCAGUUGAUCAGAGUGAUGAUGGAGGGGACUCGGACUGAGAGUAGUCCAACCCAUUCUGCUGCUAGAAGAUGUAGAGAUUUGAUGAUCUCUGGCAUGUUGACUCAAGUCAACGUGUACUCUGUUUAUUUAAUAAGUUAAUGUAAACUGCAGUGAAAUUGUGCAAAGUGCAGUGACCCAUGGUGGCCAAUCAAAUUUUACUAGGUUCAUAAAGAUGAAUUUUAACUAUGGGUUACAGCUCUUUGCAUUGGAAUUGUACUUUCCACUGCCUUAAAGAAUAAGCGACCCUUCAUGUUUGUUUUUAACCACUCGCCCCAAAAGAUAAUUCAGCCCUUUAUUUUAUGACUUCCUGUGGAUAAGCUGAAGAAAUGCCCCAUACUGUCUUCAUGGGUAUAAGAGAAUUUGAUGCCAAUGGUUACAGGUGUUUGUUUUUUUUUGUUUUUUUUUAUAUAAGGAGACUGAGAUAUCAACUGUGAUUUCAGAGUAUGAUGUUGCAUCAUCGUAAAUGCAGCAAUACAUGUACAUGUCCAUGGUUUUUCUUACUGUGCCUUUUUUAAAAUGAAGAUUUCAUAAAAAAAAAAAAAUGCCUGUGAAUUAUGUCACAGUCUUGCAGUAUGGAUGGUUUAGCAGGCUUUACUCCGAUGAUAAAAUCAUCUAGGUUGGCCUCAUCAGACAUUGCAUAGAAACAUCUUACAGUUUGAUUGUAAAUGUAUGUGCCUAGUUCUGCUGCUAAUUCAUACACUUUGAAGAACUGUGAAAAAACAAGCUUUACAGAAAUUAAACUCUUCCAGUUAACAGUCUGUACACAAUUUUGUUUUAAUAAAAAUUUUUUGGACUGCUUGA